AUAGGUUAUUUGUUGACAAGGCUUACUGUCAGGAAAGCACGCCACUCUUGUGACAUCGAUAUCAUAUCUAUAUCCGCUAUCGUUCAGUGAAGACUGUAGAUAUAGCAGUGAUCGUGACUUUCAUUCAGAAGAUAGUUUAGCGACAUGGCAAAAUUGAACGGUACCCACUUGAUUCAUGGAGAUUCUGGUUUCCCGGGCACCGAGGUCUCUCCAUCGAUCUCUGUCACGACAACGUUCAGAGCCCCCCAUCCUGACGAGCAUGCGCCCGGAAUUGACGAGUUUGACUGGCAGAACCCUUCUAGGAACAUGUAUUCCAGGUACACACAGAAUGUCAGCACUAGAGUGGAACACGUCCUGAACAAAAUAAACCAUGGUCAUGCCGUCACAUACUCUUCUGGCCUAGCUGCUACCUAUGCAGCGUUGGUGCACUUUAAGCCAAAACGCAUUGCCAUCACCCGAGGAUAUCCUGGUUGCCAUGCGAGUAUCGCAGUAUACGCCAAGAAUAGGUUUGAACCGACUCCAAUCAUUGGUAUCGACGAUGAAUUCCAGGAAGGUGAUUUGUGCUGGAUCGAGACACCCAUAAAUCCUACUGGAGAGUCGCGAGAUAUCCAGUAUUAUGCUGAUAAGAUCCAUGCAGUCGGAGGAAAACUGAUUGUAGAUUCAACCUUCGGCCCCCCUCCUCUUCAAUACCCGUUCAAGUGGGGAGCUGAUUGUAUUCUCCACAGCGGCACCAAGUACUUCGGAGGGCAUUCGGACCUUCUCGCUGGUAUCCUGAUCGUGAAAACAGAACAGGAAUGGAAAGAUCUUUUCGAAGAUCGCUGCUUCCUAGGAAACAUGAUGGGCUCUUUUGAAUCAUGGCUCCUUCUUCGUUCCUUGAGGACACUGCACCUUCGCGUUCCCAGACAGUCAGCCAGUGGAACGGAAUUGGCUCAGUGGUUGAAUCGUGCCGUGAACAUCCCUGUAGGUCAGGAAUACGAUGGUAUCCCAGGAGGAGUUGUCGCAAAAUUUCGACCCCGCUAAGCAGAUGGAAGGAGGAUUCAGUGCUACAUUCUCCAUUUUGCUAUCUAAACGCGAAUAUGCAAAUUUACUCCCUCAUUCGCUGGAAUACUUCGUGCCUGCGACAAGUCUUGGUGGUGUUGAAUCUUUGAUUGAGCAACGCCAUGUACACGACCCUAGUGAGGAUCCUCUUUUAGUCCGCAUUAGCAUCGGUGUAGAAGAGGUGGAGGAUUUGAAGGAUGACCUUCGCAAGGCAUUCCAAAAGUUAUCCAAAAUUGAAACGAAAGCUUAAAAAUACUUCAUUGAACAAUGAAAGGUGGAGUAUACCAAAAACAAUAGGUCACAAUACCAACCACCUGCUGUAUUUGUAAAGAGAAUUAAAUCAAUCAAAAUAAGGGGAUAGAUAAUACC